AUGUUUUUUAGUCGUUGUUUAUAUAAAAUAGCUGAACAAGAUCUUGGUCGUCAUUUAAAUUUACCAUUUAUUGAUAAACUUCGUGUAUAUGUUCGUGGUGGACAUGGUGGAAAUGGUUUAAAAAAAUAUGGUGGUAUUGGAGGACAAGGUGGUCAUGUUCUUAUACGUGGUAAACGUCAUUUAACAUUAAGAAAUGUUUAUGAAAAAAAUUUAGCUAAACGUUAUAUAGCAUCUAAUGGUGAACAUAGUCAUAAAACAUGUUUAAAUGCAAAAUCAGGUGAAAAUUUAAUUAUUCAUGUACCAUUAGGUAUACAAGUUUUACAUGAUAAUGGUCAAUUAAUAGAUGAAAUAAAUGAUAUUGAUGAUCAAUGUAUUGUAGCACAUGGUGGUGAUGGAGGAAAUUAUAAAACUUAUUUUCAAGGACAACCUGGUGAAGCUACAAUGAUUAAUUUUGAUUUAAAAUUAUUAGCUGAUGUUGGUUUUGUUGGUUAUCCAAAUGCUGGUAAAUCAACACUUCUUUCAAUGCUUUCUCGUACACAACCAAUAAUAUCAUCUGUACCAUUUACUACUUUACAUCCUCAAAUAGGUUCUGUUCUAUUUGAUGAUGGUCAUUCAUUUACAAUAGCUGAUUUACCAGGUCUUAUUGAAGGAUCACAUAUAAAAAUGGGACUUGGUUCAAGAUUUUUAAAACAUACAUUACGAUCAAAAAUUCUUUUAUUUAUUAUUGAUAUAAAUGGAUUUCAAUUAGAAUUUCGUUCACCAUUACGAACAGCAUUUGAUUCAAUUGUAUUUUUAACAAAAGAACUUGAAUUAUAUGAACCAUUAUUAUUAAAUAAAACAGCUAUAUUAGCUAUUAAUAAAAUUGAUCAAUUAGAUAAUAAAAAAAAAUUAACUGAACUUUAUUAUUCAUUAAAUAAUUAUAAACAAAUAUUAAGUAAUGAAUAUGAAGAUAAAUGGUGUCCAAAAAAUUUUUUUCAUUUUAAACAUAUUGUUGAAAUAUCUGGUAAAUAUGGUACAAAUUGUGAUCAUUUAUGUUCUAUUUUAAGACAUUCACUUGAUGAAUAUACAAAUCGAGAACAAAAGAAAAUAAAAUUUUCAUUAUUGUAG